CAAAUCAAUGCGCAUGUUUGUUCUUCCACACAGAGAAACAGGAAGCAGACUGCCCGGGGGUAAACAAUGUGGGCCGGGAAGAGCUCGUGUCAUUCAGUAGUUCAGUUUGCUGCGCAGUUGUCGUGAAAGUGAAGGGGGACGAAUGAAGAGCCGCACGGUCAUCUGUGAGGAGCAGGUCUGAGUUGACCCUUGGCCCAGUUCUGCUGGUCCAACUGGGUCCUGGGCUGGUGUCAGUGAUGGCAGACCAUCUGCCUCCUGUUCUGCUGGAAGCCUGUGUGGUGGUAGGAGCAUCUAGAGAAAAACUCCAGGAAGUCUACCAGGCCAUUAACGAUAAUGAAACUCCAGAGCACCUCCUGUUGGAGCCGGAGGUACUGCAUGUCCUGGAGCCUCCCUUUGUUAGCAGACCGCAAGCUGAGAGUGAAGCAGUGAGGUCACAUGGGAAGAGGCGGCGCUCCUUUCUCAGGAAAAAGAGGGAACAACCUCCUUCAGCUGCAGCAACUCUCAGCCAAGGUGGAGGAGCAGACAGAAGGGAAGGAAGUGAAGAUGUCGGUGUUCCUAAAGACAUUGACCUUAUGGCUUUACCUCAACUUUGCUUCCCGGGGGGACUCCAAGUAACCAAUAAACAGGAAAAUGAACAAUUCCACUUCCUGGUUUUCACUGAUGUCUUUGGCAACAAGACCCAUGGAGUAGUAAUGCAAUGUUACCGACCGAUGCUGGAAGGGACGUCUUUCUUCCAGAAUGGAGCUGGAUCAUGUAAAUUUUCAAAACUUUUCUCUGCCUACAGUUUCUGUGUCAUAUCCAAGUAUCCUUACUUCACUGCACUCAAAGACUGUCUGUCAUGUCUGUUAAUCCAGCUGAGAAGUUGUCGUUUAUCAGAGAUGGAGGAGAGAGUGAAGGAGUUUGCAGCCAAACUGGCACUGGUGCCUAUCCCCCCUCCUGGACAACUACAUUUGAUGUUUACCUUGCGUCCUCUGACCAUUGUAUUACCAUCCAGAGAAGACAAAGACCACCCAGCUAUAGAUUUAGACCUCCAUCUGCCUUUCUUCUGCUUCCGGCCACAGCAACUACUGCAGGUGCUAUCUUGUCUCCUGCAGGAACAGCGGGUGGUGUUAUUUUCUGCUGAUUGGGCCAGACUCACGCUGGUGGCAGAGAGCUUGUUGCUUUUUCUGCAGCCUCUGUCAUGGCAGCAGCCAUAUGUUCCUGUCCUGGCCAGAGGCAUGCUGGACUUUCUCAUGGCUCCUACUGCCUUCCUCAUGGGCUGCCAUCUCAGCCAUUUUGAAGAGGUUGCUGCUGAAACAGAUGAUCUGAUCCUCAUCAACAUUGAUAACGGUAGUGUCUCCACUUCUUGUUCUGAGACUGUUGACCUACCAGAGAUUCCCCCGGCUGCUGCAGACUGCUUCACACAGAGGUCUCUGUCCCUGCAGAUACAUUUUGACCUGUAUCAGUGUCACCGUGCAAGCUGCACUGACAUCAGUGAGCAACGUGUACAGAGAAGAGCGUGGCAACAUAACCUCAACCACGACAUCCAGAGGAUCACACUGGAACUGAUUGUCAACAUAUUCAGGGAUGUUAGCAGUCAUCUGAACUAUGAACAUCGAGUAUUUAACAGUGAAGAGUUCCUGAAAACCAGAGAACCAGCUGAACAGUUUUUUUACAAGAAGGUGUUGGAGACACACAUCUUCCAUUCCUUCCUCAAGGAUCGUCUCAAUAGGAAAAUGGACAACUUUGCUCGAAUGGAACUCGGGCUGCAGAAGAUGAAGGCUAUGGUUGAAGUCCCACGCAGACCCACCAUACAGGAGAUUCAAGCCCGGAGAAAGAGUUCUAUUAUAGAGAGCAGGCUGAGUAAGAGACUGGGGAUGAGCCUCCCUAACCUCAAAGAUGACCAAACUAUCAGCUUACAAAGAAACACCCUCCUGACCAGGAUCAUCAUGUCUGACCCCGCGUUGAGAGCUCCUCCUAAGCCGGUAAAGGUGUUUAAGCUCCCAGAUUUCCCAGCCUCUCUGUCCUUCCACUCUGUCCAAAGUUAUUACAGUGAGCUGAUCCAGCAGCUUGGCAAGGCCAUCUUCUCUGUCCAAAACGAGAACCCUACUCUGCUGGCCAGAUUCUACUAUUUGCGUGGUUUCAUCAACACAUUGUGUUCGCGACGGCUCGAUGCUCUGGGUGAUUUCCAGAACCUCUACAAAACAGACACCGCCAUUUUCCCCACACAGCUGGUCACAUGGCUCGUGGACUCACUGCACCGAGAUGAGAGACAGCAAGCUGACAGACGACCUGAACUCAAGAGACUCAUCCUCAAGGUGAAGACAGAGAACAAGAAGCCGUUGGUGCAGCCUGAUGACCAUGUCAAGAAGUUUGAGCUUCCCCAAAAGCAUCUGCAUCAGGAAGAGUUUGUGCGUUACGUCCAGGCGUGCAGGAUUGUUAAGGAUGUAGCAACCAUACACCGUUUAUUUGAUGCUCUCGCUGACGGCCAGCUAAAGCAGGUGGACCCCGAACUCUUCAGAGUCUUCUACACCUUCUGGAAGGAGACAGAGGUUGAGGCACAAGAUGUCAACUUGCCCUCUGGGGUCAUAGACCAUCUUGACAACAGCGAGUGUGUCUACAAGUUGUCGUCGUGUGUCAAGACCUCCCACGGCGUCGGUAAAAUUGCCAUGACGCAGAAACGUCUGUUUUUGCUUACAGAGGGACAACCAGGCUUUCUGGAAAUUACAAAGUUCAGAGACAUACAGGAGGUGAAGAUUGCCUCAGCUCCCUUUCUUCUUGUUCGUAUUCCUUCCCUUCGCAUCCAGACCUCUGGCAGACCUGAGGUGUUUGAGGCCAACUUGAAGACAGAGACUGAACUCUGGAACCUUGUGGUGAAAGAGAUGUGGGCCGGGCGCAAGAUGGCUGACCAACACAAGGACCCUCAAUACAUGACUCAGGCUCUGACCAACGUCCUGUUAAUGGAUGCUGUCAUGGGCUGCCUGCAGACCCAGAGGUCCAUCAUUGCUGCCUCAAAGCUGGCCUACUUUGACAAGAUCAAACAUGAAGUGCCCAUGAUGGUGCCUAAAACUACCUCAGAGACUCUAAAACACAAGAUCAACCCAUCACUGGACCUGGCUGAACCUCGGACUGUACAUGUGCUGCUAUACACACCAGGUCAGUUGACUUCCAGUGACUCAGAAGGUGAAAUGAACCCAAAACUGUGGGUGGCUCUCAGUGGGGGCAAAGUGGUUGUGUUUGAUGCAGCUAGCUGGUCCAUGCUGCAGGACUGCAUCCAGGUCGGAGAGUCGCAGCUGAACUGCAUGGUGGGGUUGAUCCAGAAGCAGGUGUGGAUUGGCUCACAGGACUCCGUAAUCUACAUCAUUGACAGUCACAGCAUGUCCUGCAACAAACAGCUGACUGAACACAGACAUGAAGUGACUGGACUCACAGUGGACAGCAGGGAUCAACACAACAGUCAGCAGACAUACUCCUGCAGCUGUGAUGGGACUAUUCUGCAGUGGGACUCAGCCGGUCUCAAAGUGAAGCAACAGUUCCACCUCAGCUGUGACCGUCUCUCCUCCAUACAGAUCUUUGAUGGCACACUGUGGUGCUGUUGUGGUGACAGCAUUGUGGAGCUGAAAAAGAGUGGGACCCCACAAAGAAGGAUCGCACUUCCUGACGACCUACGAAGCAUGCCCAGCAGCUUUAGCAGCUUCAUUGUCAUCCCAGAGCGAGGUCAGUUGUGGACAGGCUGUGCAGACUCAGGGGAGCUGUGUCUCUGGCACACUAACAACUGCAAACGUCCAUCCAAGAGAAUUUCCCUGCCAGGCAGUUCAGGAGUCACGUGUAUGAUUCAAGUCAAGGACCAGAUCUGGGUGGGCUGUCGUGGUUGGAGCGGUGUCGGAGGUCACUGUGACAGUCAGCUGAGAAGUCAGGUGUUGGUGAUGGACCCAGAGAGCCACACUGUGGCAAAGGAGCUGCAGGCUCAUUCAGACAGCAUCCAGACACUCUGCUCUGCUGAGGAUCGGUACGUCUUGAGUGGCUCUGCAUGCCGCGAUGGCAAGAUCGCCAUCUGGAAAGUCGAGUAGAGAACAGAGACAGAGAAAGCGCAAGUAAAGCAAGAGAGGCACUUGUGAGGACAUGCACAAGACAUGACAAAUGUUUGCCCUUUGUGUAUUUGACUGUGAUAAGAUCAUCCUGUGGGAGGCUGAGUAGAGCAAGAGUGGAGACAGGAGGACAAAAUAGUGAAGAGUGAGUUUUCUGCUGGUAGUUAAAAUCACAAAAUGGUAAAAACAGCCCUUAAAGAUGGCAUUUUGUGCCCUUAAACAAAAUAUGUGACAUUGGUUUCUGACACUGGUACUGGACUUUGAAGAGCAGAUCUUUUUCAUCUUGGAAACAAACCUUCUACGCACAUGAGAUGUGAAAAAAGGUCAAGUGUGUGCCUUCUCUAUAUUCUGUUUUAAAAACUUGAUUUAGUCUAGAUGUUAACAGCAGUAAGAUAUUGAAAUGCCUCAAUAUAAUUGUCAUUCAUGUUUCAUUGUCAAGCACUGAUAUUAAAUUCCAUUUUCAGGUA